CAUGUCUUCCUAAAUAUAUAUAAGAAACGCACUUAGCUUCUUUCUUGCUCCAUUUAGAUACUAUUCGAUGUCUAGGAGCAGUUCCAGAUGGACACUUUCAGGGAUGACUGCUCUUGUCACCGGAGGCACUCGUGGAAUAGGGCAUGCUGUUGUGGAGGAACUAGCGGAGCUGGGUGCAACAGUCUACACAUGCUCACGUAAUGAAGAAGCGCUUAACAAAUGCUUGCAAGAGUGGUCUGUCAAAGGCUUUAAAGUGAAUGGUUGUGUAUGUGAUGUAUCUUCAAGGCCCCAAAGAGUGAAGCUCAUCCAAAAUGUCUCCUCAGUUUUCCAUGGAAAGUUGAACAUUCUUAUAAACAAUGCGGGGACAAACAUCAGGAAGCCCACCAUCGACUACACUGGUGAAGAAUAUGCACAUUUAUUUGGUACAAACUUUGAAUCUGGAUACCAUAUUUGUCAACUUGCUCAUCCUCUUCUGAAAGCAUCUGAAGUUGGAUCUAUUGUAUUCAUCUCUUCUGUUGCUGGUUUGGUUCACUUGUCUACUAGUUCUAUUUAUGCAGCAACAAAAGGGGCAAUGAAUCAACUUACCCGAGAUUUGGCUUGUGAGUGGGCAAAAGACAACAUUCGUGUUAACGGUGUUGCCCCGUGGUAUAUAAAGACAUCUUCUGUGGAAUACGUGAUAAAAAAUAAAACAUUGUUGGAUGGAAUAAAAAGUAGAACUCCGCUAAUGCGCCCUGGAGAAGCACAAGAAGUGUCAUCCCUGGUUGCUUACCUCUGUCUUCCUGGGGCAUCAUACAUCACUGGGCAAGUUAUAGCAGUUGAUGGAGGAUUUACCGUCAAUGGAUUCAAUUUCACGAGCUAUUGAUAUAUAUUGGCUUACUAAGGCGGAUGUAGCAUGAGUUCGAUUAAGCUCAUCAAUUUUGACACAAUAUAAUGCAAAAAACUCAUUACAA